AUGGUUAUGGACGAAGAAAUAGGUGAUUUAUCAAAUGUUAAUGUGGAAUUUGAAGAAAUGAUGCAGCAUUCAGCAGAAGAUUCACAACAAAGAUUAAUUGGGAAAAAUAGAAAAAAGGAAAAGAAAACUCGUUGUGAAACUUAUAUCUAUUACAAUAUCUAUUUACGUAAAGUAUUAAAUAAGGUUCAUCCUAACAUUGAUGUUUCUCACAAAUCCAUGUUAAUAUUAAAUGACUUCAUCAAUGAUAUGUUUGAGAAAAUAUCCAGUGAAGCUUCAAAACUUGCAGCCUACAAUAAACGAUCAACAAUCACUUCACAUGAUAUACAAUAUGCAAUUAAGUUAAUUUUACCUGGUGAGCUGGCUAGGAAUGCAAUAUUUGAAGGAGUGAAAGCUGUUGAUAGAUAUAACAUUUGCAAUUCAAGUUAUAUUUUAUAA